UCCUUCUCUCUCUUUUCUCGUCCUCCUAUUUAGUUGUCAAGUGGUGUAUUCCACAUUUUAACUGUCACUUGGCAUUACUCGAUCGUUUCUAUCCAAUCGACUUUCCUUUUAUUCCUAAAACCGUUGUUGUACCAUUAAUCAUGAACAGGAUUGAAAUUCUGUCUUUGCCCAGGAACAGCUCCUCGAAGCUUUCAGAGCCAGGUUUGGCCCAAUUAUUUGACAGUUCUCUGCAGAUCGUUCAACAACCUCAAACGUUACAACUUCCUGAUACCCUACUACACUCACCACAUCAUCAUCAACCUCACAUUAUCCGACAUGAGUCUCACUAUCAGGAGCAGCAACAGCAACAGCAGCAGCAGCAGCAACAGCAUCAACUACAACAGCAACAUCGGCAGCGAGACAUCUUCUAUCGAAUUCAACCGCCCUUAUCCGACCGUUCCUCCUCUCUACCACCACAAUCACAACCAGAUAUCCAUUCUUUGUACAAGGAUCGUCAACUGAAUGACAUCAUUGCUCGAUUAACUAGGAUACUGACGCAUCCAGAGUUCCAACCCCGUCUCAUGAGAUCCAGCUACUCAUUUCGCCAUCAUAUCAUCGAUGUCCCACAUCAUCAAGUCCGACAAAGGCCACAGCGCACUGGCGCUAGAAUUACUGCUGACAAUCAACCAUCAAUUCACCAGUAUUAUGCUGAAGCCGUCUUUAAAAGGACAAAAAGAAGACGCCGAGAUUUACUAGACUAUCCCAUCUUUACAACAGGCGACCCGCCAGAUCUUGUCCGCCUCGCAAUCGAAUUUGGAUACACACCUUUUGUAGAUCAUCUGUUGCAUCGCGGCUUCCGUCCACGCGAUCUACCAGAAUAUUUCUCAAUGAUUCCAUUCUUGCCCGUUGAGACAAUAACAACUGUACCUGACCAUGAGGCUACGAUCAAAUCAUUGGAGGAGCUAAAUUGUAUCUGGGGGUGUAUGCGGGUCAGUAAUCAGGAACUCAUGGAGUCAUGCUCAAGAGCUGACCUGGAUGCAGUGUUUAAAGUGUUAGACGCAACACUUAUUAGCCCUCGACCGUCCUUGGAUGUCUUAAAGAGCGCGCAGUCCGAUCGUGAGCAUAGCGCAGCAUCAAAAGUCGAUAAAGGGAAGCAAAGGCACUCAUGUUAUGAUGAAGGUUGGAUUCACCAUGACCACCGACAUGAUUCCAUGAGUGUAGAGCCCGCCGCGCAUCGCUUGGGAGAAGAUGAUAUGAUGUUUGCUGCUGGUGUUGGCGCCGGACCAUCAGUCUCGCAACAAGCUUCUUCCCUUCACUCACGAAGUCGGACUGUGAUAGCUGAGGACAUUGCAUCGGCACCGAUAGAACAGAAUGUUCCAGUAAUUAUGCCCAUGCCCCCAGAAGCUUCUGGUCUAUCAACAGCCUAUGGUCCCACCUACCGCUCAGCUAUAUUUCAAUCCAGACAAAGAGUCGAUAGCGAUAGCAGCUUGGAGCAAUACAGCCCUCUAUCAGACCAAGGGCGCUCUGAGUCGAAGCUGCAUAUGCCAUGGGUUGAUGGCCGAGCCCUAACAAGCGCUCUUCUAGCUAUCUGCUUCCGUCGAGAUGGAUAUGGAUCUGAGGAGGCAGAAGCGCUGGAGGAGAGCAGAGCUGUUCCGAUUGUAAGCGAGAUAUUGAAGUAUGAUUGUAUGCUUACAGCCCAGGCCUUGGGACAAGCAGUACUAGGUGCUGCUUACUCGCGAUCACCAGGCUCUCUGAAGAGGGCUCAGGAGCGGCGACAGCAAUUUUUACGAAAGCAGCGGUACGACCAAAGAGGGCCAUCAUCAUCAUCUAAUAGUCAGCCAAAUCCAGCUUCACAGAAAAGUCUGGACUCCAGGGAAUACUUAGGAGAUGGCAAAGGCAGUAUUUGUGUGAUGGAUCUGCUGAUGGAAAGAAUUGGGCCUCGACACCUUUUAAGUAAUUUUCAACAAGACCAUCGACGUCAACAAGCACGCGAGUUGAUCUGUCGUGAAGCUGGGAUAUGUGGUAUUGGUACUCGAUUAAGUUACUUCAAUGGCCAGGGUAUUGGCCAGGCAUCGUAUAAUGUCUCAUCAACGUUACACAAUGCUAGUCGGACGUUAUUUACAGGAAGUGGAACCAGGUUUACUAACAGCUACAUGCUUCCGCGGGGAGGCUUCCGUGGGUUCGGGGGCAAUAGCAGCAGCCACUCGAGCUCCGUGGAAAAUGCAGGCAACUAUGAAGCUGGCUCUGGAGAACCUUUAAUAGCCAUUCAGAAGAAGAGGGCCUUCGGAGUACCUCCGCCAUCGAAACUGACGCUCUAUUUGGUUCAGAGGGCCAUUGGCAGCCAGCUAUCGAUACAGACUAUGUUGUUUCUGAUUCAAAUCUGGCGUUCGGUAGCAUUGGAAGCAGUACUCAUCAAGCUCGCGUCCUGGCCCAGGUAUUGUGGGAUUGCUAUCCAAGUCCAAGCACCUGAGCAUAUCGUCAAGGCCCUGUUGAAAAUGGGUUUCCGGUUCUUUAGCAUCUGCGAUCUCGACAUCAGACGAUCACCACCUCUGGCACUACAGUUCCGAGAGCAAGAGAGAAUGAAUCGACAAUUAAUCGAGUUCUAUCAAGCAAGCAAGCGCGUAGGUCUAGCUCCGCUUCAGUUUUACUAUCCCCAAAUCCACCAUCUUGGCAGCGGUAGCAACACCAUAAUAGGCACCUACAUGUUUGGCAAGACGUCGUCUUCAGCCCAACCGCCUUCUGAUCGUUCGCAAUUCGUUUUGGCACCUAUACAGCUCGGCGAAUCAAUUGAGCAAAUAACGAGCGCUAUUAAUUAUUUGGGCCUUGAUGUCGGUCAGCCCAUCAGGCAAGCGGCAGCUACAUGUUUCCAACAAAAGGAGCUGCUACUCAAAGUAUUGCUUGAUCACCGCUUACUCAUUGCUCAGGACGCGCUAUCAGGAGCUGUGCAGGUGGCAGCGUCUGUCGGAUGGAAACGCGGCCUUGAGAUUCUACUAAUGGAAAAUGGUGAAUGGAGGCGGAUAUUGAUCCUAGUGACAACGACAACCACGGGCAAUGAUAUUCAAAGAGGUAUAAGAAGGGCUAGGGCUGCUACGAUUGAUGGAACUUGGGAGAACAGCCCCGCGCCACCGUGGUCACCGUCGACACCGAAGCGACAGCAGCCAGUUACACCUAAGCCUGGAUCACACGGGAUGUCCGGCAUCAAUUGCUCUAAUAUUGGUAUCGCAUCAUCCAUAACUACAACUGUCGUCUUAUCCACAUUCAUUCUGUCGCCUCCUCCUGUGCAGGGCCCUGUUAUUCCCUCAAUACGAACAUAUCCCUGCGAACAAGCUGUCAUCAUUUCUGCCAAACCUCCCAAGCAACUGCAUCAGCAAGAAGGAAAACAGAACCAAAAGCAUUGCCACGAUGAAAUUAGGAGCCAAACCAUAACUAAGCAAAAACCACCAGAGAAAGUUGCGCAACACCGAAACUUCCACCCGCAAUGA